UGCUGUUGCUGGGCUCACAAAAAAAUCGAGAUCAAGCAGGAUCCUGUCCGGGUAGUGUAAUCCGCCGGAUACGUCAGUCUUCUCGGCCAGGGAACCGGAGGGGCGUCUGACACGGCUCUUCCGCCCGUGCAGCAGGACUGUUGCUUUAGUCGGGAGGCGGAGGACUACACGUACUUAGCCCCUACCUGUGUGAGAAUUAGCCCUGGGCUCGGGAGCCAUGUUGCGUGCGGAGCCCGGUGAUGUCCUGGGGUCAUGACUUCACAACGACUGCACCCGUAGCGGACACCGCGGAGAGCCAGGAGGAGGGGCAGCAGCCGGGCACAUAGGCAGGAAGACCACACGCAGAUUCGGCUGUAUCCGGCCUGAGGCGCAACGCAGACACACGUGAACAUGGGACUAACAGGGAUACCACUGCCACAGGCUCAUUUUAUAACUGAACCAUGAAGAAGUUUAAGAGACGCCUUUCACUGACUUUGAGAGGCAGCCAGACAAUAGAUGAAUCUCUAUCAGAACUGGCAGAGCAAAUGACUAUAGAGGAGAACAGCAGCAAAGACAACGAACCUAUUGUGAAGAAUGGCAGGCCUCCAACAUCUCAUAGUAUGCACUCCUUCCUCCACCAAUACACAGGAUCCUUCAAGAAGCCACCGCUGAGAAGACCGCACAGUGUUAUAGGUGGAAGUCUUGGCUCAUUCAUGGCAAUGCCCAGGAAUGGAAGCAGACUAGACAUUGUACAUGAAAAUCUAAAAAUGGGAUCAGAUGGUGAAAGUGACCAAGCAUCUGGGACCUCAUCAGAUGAAGUCCAGUCCCCCACAGGUGUUUGCCUCAGGAACAGAAUGCACAGGAGAAUCUCAAUGGAGGACUUAAAUAAGCGCCUCUCACUUCCAGCUGAUAUCAGGAUACCUGAUGGAUACUUAGAGAAACUGCAGAUUAAUAGCCCACCGUUUGAUCAACCGAUGAGCAGGCGAUCACGAAGAGCAUCACUGUCAGAAAUUGGGUUUGGGAAGAUGGAGACGUAUGUCAAGUUGGAGAAGCUUGGAGAGGGGACUUAUGCCACGGUAUUUAAAGGAAGGAGCAAGUUAACGGAAAACCUUGUAGCCCUGAAAGAAAUUCGAUUGGAACAUGAAGAAGGGGCUCCGUGCACAGCCAUUAGAGAAGUCUCGUUAUUGAAGGACCUGAAGCAUGCAAACAUUGUCACCUUACAUGAUAUUAUUCAUACAGAAAAAUCAUUAACGCUCGUCUUUGAAUACCUGGACAAAGAUUUGAAGCAAUAUAUGGAUGACUGUGGGAACAUUAUGAGCAUACACAAUGUAAAGAUAUUCUUAUAUCAGAUUUUAAGAGGCUUAGCUUAUUGUCACAAAAGGAAAGUUCUUCACCGGGACUUGAAGCCACAGAACCUCCUCAUUAAUGAAAAGGGGGAGUUGAAGCUUGCAGAUUUUGGUUUAGCGAGAGCCAAGUCUGUUCCAACAAAAACCUACUCAAAUGAAGUGGUAACGUUAUGGUACAGGCCUCCCGAUGUCCUCCUUGGAUCUUCUGAAUAUUCAACACAAAUUGACAUGUGGGGUGUUGGUUGUAUAUUUUUCGAAAUGGCUUCAGGAAGACCUCUUUUUCCGGGUUCUACAGUAGAAGAUGAGCUUCACUUAAUUUUCAGACUACUAGGCACUCCAACUGAAGAAACCUGGUCUGGAGUUUCUUCUAAUGAUGAGUUUCGGAACUACAAUUUCCCCAAGUACAAACCUCAGCCUCUAAUCAAUCAUGCUCCGAGGUUAGACUCUGAAGGAAUUGAGCUGUUAAUAAAGUUUCUUCAGUAUGAGUCUAAGAAGAGGAUUUCAGCAGAAGACGCUAUGAAACAUGCUUACUUCCGAAGUCUGGGAACAAAAAUACAUAGCUUACUAGAAAACAUAUCAAUAUUCAGUCUUAAGGAUAUCCAGCUGCAGAAGGAUCCUGGUUUUCGGAAUUCUUCCUAUCCAGAAGCGGGGCACGGCAAGAACAGAAGACAGAGCAUGCUCUUUUAAGCAGUUUUUACGAUCUGUUUCAUACCAAGAUCAGAAGCUUUGGUGACAACUCUUACUUCUGGUGGACUAUGGACUGUUUGUCAACUUUGACCUACUGACAGUGGAGUUGUUUAUUUCAGGCCUGCAGAUUUCCUUCCCCCCCCCCCCCCUCUUUUUUAAUAUAUAUAUAUAUAUGUGUAUAUAUAUAUAUUUGUUGUCACAGUGUGACGAAGCUUGUACAGUCGGUUUUGAGGUCUCCUCUGCUGUUAGAGCCAGUAGGUUACAGCUGUCGAUGUGACUGUAGCUGCAAUUCUCGUGCAGGACUGAGACACAACGCGUCGUUAUUUAUUGCCGAAUCAUUGCUGCUAAAUGACUACUGUCUGAAUAUUUACCACAACAGUUGAAUGCCUGAAGAAGUUGCAGUGGCUUUACAAUCUGUGAAUGCAUCGUUUUUGUUUAUUUUUUAAGCCCAAUGUUUUUUUUUUUAUCCCUUUUUUUUUUUUCUCUCUCUUUUUAUUAAAUUGUAUCGUUUCCAUUAAUACUAUUUUGCUUUGCUUGGCCUUGAAUAUAUUGGACCACAUUUGACGUUUCAGCCGACCAUCAGUUUCUUCCAUUCAAAUUAUAAUUGGCCACAAUAUUUUUUGAGUACCCAACAAAUAUCAGAAAUCAAUAUUUUCCUGAGGUAGCAGGUAAUCUGUUUACUAGAAAAUCACAUAUAUCUUAUGAUGAAAAAUGACUCUCCCUCGUAAUGUAAUAAUUUGUGUUGUAAAAUUACCAAAAUGUGCCUCUAGCACGAUUAGUAAGGAGCAAGAGAAGUUUUCUAUGGCAGUUUUAUUAAGAAAAGUCAGAUAAUGUAUUUGUUCAUAAAGUGGGGAGGGCCGGAGACCUAUUGUAAGGGAAUUUUUUUUUAUAAUUUAAGCCAAUUUCUCUGAUACAUAACAGUUGUGAAUUGAAGCAUGCCAUAUUUGCGCUAAUAUUUGCAAAUUUUUACUUCUUUUAUAGCUGUUGAAAAAUGUGCGUGGAUUUAGGCAGAAGGGGCUGGGGGAAUUAUUGGCACUAUCAUUUACAUCCCAAAUUGGUGUAAAUAGCACAAAUCUAUACCUGCCAUAUUGACAGGCAAAGAUGUGGCAAAUUUAUAAAGAAGCGUGCACCACUUGAUAAAUUUGGAUUAAGACUGGUGUAUGAAACGUUAGACUUCUGAUGUUUUUUCUGGAACAGAAUAUGCAAAAACAGGUCUAAGAUAUUUUUGCUUUUCAUUUUUUUUCUCCCAGCGUUUUUUAGGUUCGGUUGAAUCUGUUGUACAUGUAGUAGCAGAACUGAAACAGUUUUUUAAAGGGAUAUUUCUAGGUUAUAGUUUUAUGGCAUAUCACUAUAGCAGGACCCCUCCAAUAAUUUAAACAAAGAGACAGUAAGGGCUCAUGCACACGAACGUUUGCAUUAGGGACGGCAAAAUUCACGGGCACCGUCUGUGUGGCCUGUGCUGAUAGAAUCGGACCCAUUUAAUUCGUCUGCAUCGCAGAAAAAUAAAGCAUGUUCUUUUUUUUUUUUGUGUUGCAAAGGCACGCACCUAACGCCACAGAAGCGCUCCGUAGUGCUUCCGUGCUGUGCCUUCGCUUUUGUAUCUUCCGGAUAGCGGACCUAUUCAAGUGAAGGAGUCUGCAUCCGUGAUAUGGUGCGCACACUGUCCGUCCUCCUUUAUUGCGGACCCGCUGUUUGCAGGCCGCAAUACGGGAACGGCUGGAACAUGUUUGUGUGCAUGAGCCCUAACAUUGUUCAGGGCAAGUAAUUGAAGGAUUUGCAGCACUUCACUACAGCUGCUGCCCCUUUAUUAUGAAGAAAAUGUAUUGUAGAUGUUGCAUAAAUAUUCCCACUGACAUGAUGUAGUUCUAUAAGGAUGCCUUAAGUGUUCUAGUGCUCUUGAUUUCUUACUACAGCACCAGAGUUCAAGGACCCCCCUCCCCCGCCUGUGGAUUCCUUGUGUGUCGGAGCCUGCCACUUCCAUAGAAAUAAAGAUGGUGCCUGCUACAUGACCACUUUCUGUGUAUCUUCUUGUACCAGUGCUUAAAGCAUUCAGCGCAUGUGCAGAUAGAGGAGAUUUCUUCUGAACGUAUCUGCACAUUUCCUGAAUUUUUUUAAUGUCGGUGCAGAAGAGGACACUGCUGGGAAAGUGGUUUCCUGGGUAAAUCAUGGGACCGCUGCCAUCCUGAUUGCUAUGGAUGCAGAGGCUGCCAGCAUCCACCAUUUACACAUGAAUUCUGUGGGCAGUGGGGGUCUUGUAUUUGGGGUGCUGCAGUACCCACCAGUUUGACCUUUUUACAGAUCUCUUUAGAAAGUGGACAACCCCUUUUAAGAAUAAAUAUAGCAGCUAAUGAGUCCUUGCAGCUACAUGUGUAUCAAAAGAUUCCAAUGCUCACACAUGGAUAACUGUGGUGCGAAUUGGUUGAUACAAACCGCCAGAAUGACUAAAUAGUAAAACUGAUUGGGUUAAUUUUUCAAACUGGUGUAAAAUAGAAUUCUUAGUUGCCCAUAGUAACCAAUCAGAUUCCUCCUGUCAUUUUCCAAAGGAGCUGUCAAAAAUGAAAGGUGGAAUCUGAUUGGUUGCUAUGGGCAAACUAAGCCAGUUCUACUUCACACCAGUUUGAUAAAUGACCCCAGAUGUUCUUACUGUGUGUAUAGUAUUCAAAGGUAAAACAUGCCACAUACCAUCAUAUGCUGGAUAGCAGAAGAUGUCAGAUAAGGUUUUGUAGCAUUAAUGUACCAUACAGUAUUAUACUGCUGGGAAGAUACAUAAGUGAUCUUUGUAUGGCCAUUAGACCUCAUACUGUUCAUAGAGGUUCAAUUGAUAUACCAAAUACUUUAAAUAAUAUAUGACUAAAUCCCUCAAACCACAGAAUAAAAAAUAAAGAUGCUCUGCGGAGAGGGACGGUUUUAUUACUGAAAAACAAUAUCAUUUUGGAGAAAAUAAUUUUAAAAUGAUUCUAAACUUGAUGGGCCUCAGUUCGGAUUGUUGGAGCUCAAUGAAGUGUGUAUGUCACAUGCUACUACCUUUCCCUGCCCUCUGAUCAGAUUAUACACUUGUUCUACUAUAGCUGUUAAAGAGACAACUCUGCAUUCUAGAGGGCUCCUAAUGGCUGAGAAAAUGUACAAUUGAAAACUUAUGAAACCUGUCUGGCCCCCAGAACAGGUUAAAUGUCUAAGCCAUUGCAGUAUUGGGUUCUCCUAACCAGCAGGCCUAAAAGUGCAACAUGAAAAUUGCUCUCAGUCUCCAAAAGUAAAAACGGUGAUCUAAGUUCAUACAAAAUGUAGGCAAAAGAAGGCAAUGUGAUAAAAGAAGAAACACUCACCUGUUAGAACCGCCACCACUCUGGUGCCGUGUGCAUCUACACACAGAGGGCUGCAGCCUGCAAUCACUGGCCUCGAGCCCCAUGCCCAAAUAUUUUAUGCCCUCAGACAACCCCUCUAAUCUUCUUUUCUGACUUCACUUGUCACACAUCGUCCUGAAGUUGGGGUCAGUGUGUUUAUUAUCUGAAGUACUGCGUGCACCUUUAUCAUGAACACAUUAUUAUGACUGUAAAUCUUCAGAAACUAGCUGGUAUAUCCUGAAUGGACUGUAUGGCGGUUCUUUGAGCUAACUCUGUAGAGCAUUCGGGGAUCUGCUAUUUCUGUUUUGAUAAAAAAAAAUAGACUUUUAGGCAAUUUAACAGUAUUACGUGACCUUCUCCCCCUUUAUUUUAUUUGUGAAUAGUGAUUGUGGAGCACGUGGGUUGUUUUGUCAAUAUAACCAAUAUGAUAUGGGAUUUGAUUUUGAUUUUGUUAGAGAACGGCAAGUUCACGUCCAAUAACAGUGAAUAUUGGACCACUACUACUUUUCAUAAAUUUCUGAAACCAAUCCGUAGAGCUAACAAUGUUUAUUUUGAACUGACAAACCUGUAUUAAUAUUGUACCUUUUGAAGUAUGAAUAUUCAGUGGUAUACAAUAGUCUUGUUUUCAAUCUCAUGGGGGACAAAUAUUUCUUUGUUGUAAGGCACUUUCCUUCCAUCUGAAUUUCUUGUACAACACAGGAAUAUGUUCAAUUUGGGUUUUGUUUUUGUUUUGUUUUUUUGCUUUAUACUUCCCAUCCCCUGGUGCUGAUUUCUACGGUGUUUUAUAAAAUUGUCCAGGUUGAAAAAAUAUAAAUAAACUGGUUCUUAAUAUUUGACAUUUCCCGUUUGUGGUAAUAGUUCAGUAGGUAACCUCAGCAAUAAUAAAUCCUGUUUUGAGUUUACAGUACUCACAUAACCAUAUGCUCACUACAAUGGCUCUUCAUUCAACAUGCACUUUCGAAUGCCACACAAUAUAUUGGCAGAAUCUUCAGCGUUUCCCAUUUAAUUUGUCAAUUUGUCAGUUUAUUAUAACAAUGUCCUUAUAAAUGCUUAUUAACCACUGCUCUCAUACAACUCUUAGGGCUGAUUCACACGACCGUGCUUGUUCUGGGAAACGUGUCAGCCACAUAAUCCGGACCGACCGUCCUGACUGCAUCAUAGUCGGUUCCUAUCGAAUAGUGGGUCUAAUAUACCGUACUCACAUGAUUUGAGUACAGUAUGUUACACCCGAGAUCAGCUCAGACUGACUGUAUCAAUACACUAUGAUGCAGUCAGUAUGGGUCAGGGGAGUUAUGGUCAUUCUGUGAGAUGGGUCAAGCACAUGGGCGAUGUUUCCCAGACUGAGCACGUCCGUGUGAAUCAGCCCUUAUAUACAAGCCUCUGCACUGAUGGUGCAGCUUAUAGAUGUUACCUGUGGAGCUCAUCUAUUAACAGUUGGUCUCAUUUUGCAAUAUUUUCCCUUUACAGUGAUGGGGAACCGCUGUCUUAUGCUGACUAAAUGGACAUAUCCAUAAAACAGCAUCCCUCAGUUGCUCCAGGGAUUCUGCACUCUUGUCCUCCACCAUAUACUUGAGCAUGCCUUAUUUGUUGGCCUCGUCUUUCAAACACAGCCAGCCCUACAAAUUCAGGUUUAAAUUGUGUGACUGGGAUUUUAACAUUUUCAUGUUGUGCUUCUAUAAUUUAGUUCAGAUAUUGUUAACUGAACCAUUAAUGUAUCUGAAACCUCAACAAUGUCGGGUAGAGGCCACUCUGCAGUGUCAAGAUCUGGGACCGGUCUUGGAAGAAAUUUUUUGUACUCUAUAUUUUCUUACAUGCUGAGGACUCUGGUAUCUUGUGUAUAAAAACAGUGCCAGGGAAAGUGUCCUUGAUGUCUGUAGCAACCAGAGUUCAGUUUUCAAGUUAUUCAAUGUGAUGCCAGGUUUCUAUGGGUAGAAAAGUAACUUAAAUAACUGUGAGCACCCCCACA